UAUUCCAUAGUCAAGUGAGAGUCAAGGUCCAUAAAGAGUCGUAGAGUAGAGAACGGUGUUGGCGCGCAUCUCUCCGAGCAAGCGAACAGUUUCCUUCCCACUAUUCAUUCACUUGUGAUUUUGAUUCAAUCAAGUGUUAUGGAUGCAAAUCCUUCUUCUAGGGUUUCUCCAUUUCUCACCAAUCUUCCCUCUAGAGGUCUCUUCUCUUCCCCGGUCAUCUCUUCCAAUCCGGGUGGGAUGCGUGUUUAUGUAUGCGAUCAUGAGACUUCACCUCCAGAGGACCAACUUAUUAAGACAAACCAACAGAAUAUACUGAUUCGAUCGCUCACACUUAAGAAUGGAUCUGAUGCUUCAAAAAAGAGGACUGCUGAAAAGGCUUUGGAUAGCAGAGCUUCAGCUAAGAGAACAACUCCAAUAAAUACUCGUCAAGAAGGAUCAAACAGUCAAACACCUAAUAGGGACUUUCACAGCUUGACCGUGGAGAGGCUUCGAGCUCUUUUGAAAGCUAAAGGUCUUUCAACCAAAGGGAAGAAGGAGGAGCUUAUUACGCGUCUAAAAGAAGUAAGUAGUUAAGCAGCAUUGGAGGGAGGAAUGUCCUGCUCAUUAUGCAUCUAAUGUAAGAGUUGUUACUGUAUCUUUGUAAUGCAACUGAACUAUAUAUGUAAACCUAGUGUGGAAUACAGUUAGAUUUGAACAUUAUCCAGUCUUGUUGCUAUUUGUGUCAUGAGUCUCAGUACAAUGUAUGUUUUGUUCUACGUGUGCUGCUAGCUUUUCAUUUCAGAAUUCACCUUCCUGAUCUGUAUCCUUACCUUCAGAGAUCAAGUACCUCAUGCAUCAUUGUAACGAGAUUGUUUAACAAUUAUCAAGCUUGUUAAUCUCAAUCAGUUUGGCUUUA